GGCACGGCCGCGGGGCAGGCGCGGCGUGAGGCGGUGCCCGCGGGGCCCCGGCGCGGGGGCGGGGUGGCCGCGGGGGCAGGCGGCGGAGCCGGGCUCCUUCUUUGGCCAUGAGCGCGGGGCCGGCAGUCGGCCGCCGCCGCCGCCUGCGGGACGCAGGGAGGGAGCGGCCGCGGCGCGGAUCCGCCGGCGGCAGCGGGCGGGCGCUAUGGCCCAGGCCAAGAUCAGCGCCAAAGCCAGCGAGGGGGCGGCGCAGCAGCAGCAGUCCGGCGGGCAGCUCCGAGGCCGCUUCUACCGCUCUACCUCCAUGGCAGACCGCUCCAGCCGCCUGCUCGAGAACCUGGACCAGCUGGAGCUCAGGGUAGAGGCUUUCCGAGACGCAGCAUCUGCUAUGGAGCAAGAGAAAGAGAUCCUGCUGGAAAUGAUCCACAACAUACAGAACAGCCAGGACAUGAGGCACAUCAGUGAAGGUGAGAGAGAAGAGCUGAACCUGACUGCCAACCGCCUGAUGGGCCGCACGCUGACGGUGGAGGUGUCUGUGGAGACCAUCCGCAACGCGCAGCAGCAGGAGUCCCUGCAGCACGCCACCAAGAUGAUCGACGAGAUCGUCAGCAAGCUGCUCGACGACCUGGAGGACGCCAAGCUCCGCCUGCUGUCGCUGUACGGCGCCUGCACGUCCGACGUGCCCGCGGGACCCAUCGACCAGAAGUUCCAGUCCGUGGUCAUCGGCUGUGCCAUCGAGGACCAGAAGAAGAUCAAGAGGCGGCUAGAGACUCUGCUGAGGAACUUGGAGAAUUCCGAGAAGUCCAUCACGCUGCUGGAGCACCAGAAAGCCUCCGUUCGACAGUCGUGCAACAGCAAGCAGGAGUAGCCUCUCCUGUGGCUGCUUCUGGUGCCGCUGGACGGGCAGGGCUCCACGGAGAGCUCACAGAAGCCAAGGAGAGGGUUCCCUGCAGGGGCACGUGCACUGCACUGCUGUGCUCCCGGUGCCAGGGGCCAGCGUUUUCUGGGGUUGGUGGCAUGGGUGUUUUCCUUGGGCAACACAGGGUGGGCCGGCUCUCUGCAGAGCUGAUGCUGCUCCGCUGCAAGCUGUAACUGUGCUUCUGCUCGGCUCUCAGAACUGCCAACAUCUGCCUUUCUUCCCUGCUCCUGGGGCUCAGAGUUGUUCUGUCGCACCGUGAGACUUCAGCCUUUCUCUGCUGUAUCCCUAGUGUGUGAGCCAGACUUCUGGGGCCCAGAGACAAGCCAUGGCAAUAAACCAAACCAGUCCUAAACUCUUCACAGUAUUUUCAUAAACAACACCCUGUGCUACUCUGCACCACUUACAGUUUGAGUAACCUGGCACCAUUUCUAGGUAGAUGACAGACCUUUCAAGAGAGUUUUCUCAGGGUUUUCACUUAGCUGUUAAGCUCUUCCCUGACCCAAGACUAGGUGAUGAUAAAAAU